AUGGCAAAAAUGACGGGAUUUAAGUUGGAUUUACGCUAAUUUCAUUCAAAGGAGGAUGGUGUCAUUGUGGGGAUUGCCCUUGUGGAGAUUAUCUUUGAUCAGGUGGAUCCUUUAUUGAAGGUUGAGUGGUCUGUGAGGGAUGUUAACUACAUUAAUAAAGGCAUGCAAUUUAGGAAAGUAUGCGGAUGUGCACAUAAUAUUGUUGUUGCCGAGAGGGUUGUACUGAACUUCAUGCAGAGAAUAAGUAGAAUAGCAACAUUCACUAAGGUCAUGGCUGAUGCUGCAUAUCCUGCAUGCAUUUUAGAGACAAUAAAAACUGCACCAGGUCUACGCUUGCUGGAUAAGUAGGCGGUACUAAUAGGCGGAGGAAAAAACCAUAGAAUGGGCUUGUUUGAAAUGGUGAUGAUUAAAGAUAAUCAUGUAUCAAUAGCUGGAGGUGUUGCAAAUGCUUUGAAAUACGUGGAUUCAUUCUUGGAAAAAAAGAAUCUUAAGAUGCCUGUUGAGGUUGAAACAAGGACAAUGGAAGAAGUUAAAGAGGUACUAAACUAUGAAAGCCAAACCAGGUGCUCAUUAACUCGAAUAAUGUUGGACAAUAUGGUGAUUCCCCUGCCUGAUGGGGAUGUUGAUGUAACCAUGCUUAAAGAGGCCGUUGAAAUGAUUGAUGGAAGAUUUGAGACUGAGGCUUCUGGAAAUGUUUCGCUUGAAACUGUGAAGAAAAUUGGAGAAACUGGUGUCACCUACAUUUCUAACGGAGCAUUGACACAUUCAAUGAAGGCGCUUGACAUUUCUCUCAAGAUUGAUACUGAUCUCGCCCUCAAUGUAGCAAGGCGUACAAAUCGAGCAUGA